AUGUCGUCCAAGGUACCCGUCGCGUAUGCAGUCGUCGAUGCGGGGACGACAGUUCCUUUGGCGUCUCUCUCGGCUCUGCAAGUGUACCAACUGCUCUCGGCGCUCAAGUGCAGCGCGUACAAGUGGCUUUUCCUGCGCCAAGAGAUUGAUGGACAUGCGCUCGCCCACUGCCGCUGCGUCGAGGACCUCCAAGAAAUUGGCAUCGACAUCGCGAUCAAGGCUCGAUCCCUGUACCAUGCGAUCGAACAGUGUCGCCAACACGCACUCAUCUAUGACAACGGUGUGCCGACCCACAUUUUUGACGACGAGCCGCGACCGCGGCGUGCGUUCCGGUUCCAGUCGGUCAAGUACCCGUCCAUGUGCUUGCAGCUGGACCAUGACGACGGCCGUGAUGGCGACAAGUGCGUUAUUCGGCAAACGAGCAAGUCGAAGCGAAACCCUGCGCAGGCGUGGGUUCUCGACGGCCAUUUCAUCCGGUCGGCGGUCGAUUCGACCAAAGGCAUCAACCUCUGCGAGCACGGACCGACGUUCAACGGCGACGUGUGUCUGCUCUGGGAACUCAUGCACCAUUCGUGGCUCAAUCAGGAAUGGGACUACGACGGGACGCUCAUUCGAUCGAUGAAAGACCCUACCAAGUGCAUUCACGUCAAGAGCGGCGACGAGACCAUUUGUCAUCUCUGGGACAUUAUUGUCGACCAGCCCUGCCCUGCACAAGAGUGGCGCCUCGUCUUUGACAUGUACCUUGAGGACGAGGACGAGUUGUGGUAG